CGAGUUUUGUGCGCCUGCGCGGCGUCGGGCACUGGGAGCGAGCCCUCUGCCUAGAGAGGUUUGGCAGCGGGAGCGGGAGACAGCGGCGGCCGCUCACUGCUCUGCAGUCGUGCGGCGGAAGCUUGCGCCCCUGGCGCUUCCAUCUCCUCCGGCGGAGAGCCCGGGAUGUGGCAGUAAUGUCAGCCAGACUUCUCAGAGCCCUAACUGGAUCAUGCCGUCUUUUAUCAGAAGCACAUCAGUGCAGAAGAUUUGUUCACCUGACGUCACAGCCACAUAAGGAGUUUGAAAACCCAUCCCGCAGCGCCCCUCCAGUAGCUCGGAGCUUGGUUUUAUCCUUUCCUGAUAGGACGGCCGGCGGUCUGCACAAGCUUCAGAUCCUGGAAAUGAACUGGCGACUGUCACAGACAAGCAUAGGCUCCCCAUUAAAUGCCUCCCAUUGCCAAGAUGGAAAAGCCCACCUUCCAAUCGUGAAAUCGUUUGGUACUCACAGGAAAGUGACCCACAAACCAAAUCUACUGGGUUCUAAGUGGUUUAUAAAAAUACUAAAAAGGCAUUACUCAUCUUUAUCAACAGAAACAUUUGUCCCGAAACAAGACUUUCCGCAAAUCAAGAGACCACUGAAAGCAUCGAGGACCAGGCAGCCGUCCAGGACCAACCUUCCAGCUCUGUCUGUGAGCGAGGACAUGAUGCACUGCACAGCCUUCGCCACCGCAGAUGAGUACCACCUGGGACACCUGUCUCAAGACCUGUCUUCCCAUGGAUAUGUUGAAGUCACGAGCUUGCCUCGAGAUGCAGCAAAUAUUUUGGUGAUGGGUGUAGAAAAUUCUGCAAAAGAAGGUGAUCCUGGAACAAUAUUCUUCUUUAGGGUAGGAGCUGCUGUGUUUUGGAAUGUGAAAGACAAGACUAUGAAGCACGUGAUGCAAAUUCUAGAAAAACAUGAAAUUCAGCCCUAUGAAAUUGCAUUGGUGCACUGGGAAAAUGAAGAGCUUAACUACAUAAAAACAGAAGGGCAGUCAAAACUUCACAGAGGAGAAAUCAAGUUAAAUUCAGAGCUGGAUUUAGAUGAUGCCAUUCUAGAAAAAUUUGCUUUCUCCAACGCUCUUUGCCUCUCAGUGAAACUGGCUAUUUGGGAAGCAUCACUGGAUAAGUUCAUUGAAUCUAUUCAGUCAAUUCCAGAGGCUUUAAAAGCUGGGAAGAAAGUGAAACUAUCUCAUAAAGAAGUUAUGCAGAAAAUGGGUGAACUCUUUGCCCUAAGGCAUCGUAUCAAUUUGAGUUCAGACUUCCUAAUCACUCCUGAUUUCUACUGGGACAGAGAAAACCUGGAAGAACUUUAUGAUAAAACUUGUCAAUUCCUUAGCAUUACUCGAAGAGUUAAGGUCAUGAAUGAAAAACUUCAGCACUGCAUGGAACUAACAGAUCUAAUGAGGAACCACCUGAAUGAGAAGAGGGCGCUCCGCCUGGAGUGGAUGAUUGUCAUCCUCAUCACUAUAGAGGUAAUGUUUGAGCUGGCACGAGUAUUUUUCUGAUCAAGAGAUAGAGUCAUUGCAAGAGAAAUUCAAGUUCUGCAAUCAAAAAUAAAUGUUUACUACUGGAUGGUCUCUUAUUUAAUAAGUAUUUAAUUUUUUAAAUCAAGAAAAUGUUAUGACAACCUUUUUCAGCCCUUAAAAGUGUUGUUGCUUGAAUAAAAAUUAUGAAGAAUA